UGAAUUGCAGCUGGCAGCGCCGCGUUCAGUCCUGUCACUAUUGUCAGUCGCAGUGUAGUAUAAUUUGUAAAUAGGGUGUUGGAGUUUUAACCCUGAGUUUCCUUAUCCUCGCAUUGCACCAAGGCUUCAAACACCCCCAGCAGUCAAAUAAGAUUUUAGGGUAGUGAAAGUAUCUGGCAGCCCUUGAAAAUGCCAGCUGUGCGAGGAGAUGGAAUGCGUGGCCUGGCGGUCUUCAUAUCUGAUAUCAGGAACUGCAAGAGUAAAGAGGCUGAGAUCAAGCGCAUUAACAAGGAACUGGCCAACAUUCGUGGCAAGUUCAAAGGAGACAAAACACUUGAUGGUUACCAAAAGAAGAAGUAUGUGUGCAAACUGCUCUUCAUCUUCCUGCUUGGACAUGACAUCGAUUUUGGCCACAUGGAGGCAGUGAAUUUGCUUUCAUCAAAUAAAUACUCUGAAAAACAAAUUGGUUAUCUGUUUAUAUCUGUCUUAGUAAAUACAAACAGUGAAUUAAUCAAACUUAUUAUACAAAGCAUAAAGAAUGAUUUGGCGUCGAGGAAUCCAAUUCACGUUAACCUGGCUUUACAAUGUAUUGCAAAUAUCGGUAGCCGGGAAAUGGCUGAGGCUUUCGGUAAUGAAAUACCAAAGCUUCUUGUUUCUGGAGAUACCAUGGACGUGGUCAAGCAGAGCGCCGCGCUGUGUCUUCUGCGGUUGUUCAGGACAUCCCAAGAGAUCAUCCCUGGAGGCGAAUGGACAUCCAGGAUCAUCCACCUAUUGAACGACCAGCAUAUGGGUGUAGUCACUGCUGCCACAAGUCUGAUAGAUGCUCUAGUUAAGAAGAACCCAGAUGAAUACAAAGGAUGCGUUUCUCUAGCAGUCAGCAGAUUGAGUAGAAUUGUAACUGCAAGUUAUACUGAUCUUCAAGAUUACACUUACUAUUUUGUACCAGCUCCUUGGCUAUCUGUAAAAUUACUUCGUUUGCUUCAAAAUUACACUCCACCAGCUGAGGAUCCUGGCGUUAGGGGCAGAUUGAAUGAAUGUUUAGAGACAAUAUUGAAUAAAGCUCAAGAGCCACCAAAAUCGAAGAAAGUUCAGCAUUCAAAUGCAAAGAAUGCAGUGCUUUUCGAAGCUAUAAGUUUAAUAAUUCACAAUGACAGUGAACCGAAUUUACUAGUUAGAGCGUGCAACCAGCUCGGACAGUUCUUAAGUAACAGGGAAACCAAUCUCAGAUAUUUAGCGCUGGAGUCGAUGUGCCACUUGGCCACGUCGGAAUUUUCGCAUGAGGCCGUUAAGAAACAUCAGGAGGUGGUGAUUCUAUCCAUGAAAAUGGAGAAGGAUGUCUCCGUGCGUCAGCAGGCUGUAGAUUUGCUGUACGCUAUGUGUGAUAAGAGUAAUGCCGAGGAGAUUGUUCAAGAAAUGCUAAAUUAUUUGGAGACAGCGGACUAUUCGAUAAGGGAAGAAAUGGUCCUGAAGGUAGCCAUCCUGGCUGAAAAGUACGCUACUGAUUAUACAUGGUAUGUGGACGUAAUAUUGAACUUGAUCAGAAUAGCAGGUGAUUACGUAUCCGAAGAAGUUUGGUACAGAGUUAUCCAAAUUGUUAUCAAUAGGGACGAGGUACAAGGGUAUGCUGCCAAAACAGUAUUUGAAGCUUUACAGGCUCCAGCAUGCCAUGAGAACAUGGUCAAAGUGGGUGGUUACAUCCUUGGGGAAUUCGGCAAUUUGAUUGCCGGCGAUCAUAGGUCGUCCCCAUCUGUACAGUUCCAAUUGCUACAUUCUAAGUAUCAUCUAUGUUCACCAAUGACUCGCGCACUUCUACUUUCCACCUACAUCAAAUUUAUCAACUUGUUCCCUGAAAUACGCACACAUGUACAGGAAGUGUUCAAACAGCAUAGCAAUCUGAGAUCAGCGGAUGCCGAGUUGCAACAACGUGCUUCGGAAUAUUUGCAGCUUAGCAUUAUCGCAAGUUCUGAUGUACUCGCUACUGUUUUGGAGGAGAUGCCGGCAUUCCCAGAGAGGGAAAGUUCCAUAUUGGCGGUGCUGAAGAAGAAGAAACCUGGACGGGUACCAGAGAACGAAAUCAAAGAAGGCAAGAGCCCAACACCAGUUACUAAUCACAACAAUGAAACCACAAACAGCAACAAUGCAGUAUCCAGCGAUUUGUUGGGCUUGUCUACACCUCCAAUUGCUCAACCAGGCAAUACCGGUGUUCUCCUGGAUGUUCUUGGUGACAUAUACGGAGGGAAGCCCAAUAACUCGACUCCAACUUCAACUACGAGUAACAUGUACAAUCCUAAAAAGUUUGUAUGCAAGAACAACGGGGUUCUCUUUGAGAAUGAUUUGAUUCAGAUAGGUGUCAAGAGCGAGUUUCGACAAAACUUGGGACGCCUUGGACUCUUCUAUGGUAACAAAACAACCAUGCCAUUACACAACUUCGUACCAAGUUUGCUUUGGUCGGAGGAUCAAUCUUCCAAACUAAGCAUGCAGAUGAAACCCGUGGAGCCGACCUUAGAAGCUGGCGCCCAAAUCCAACAGAUGCUUAAUGCUGAAUGUAUCGACUAUUACACGGACGCACCUUCCUUAGUCAUCACAUUUGUUUACAACAAUAUGCCACAGAAAUUUACUUUGAAACUUCCUUUGACGAUCAAUAAAUUUUUCGAACCUACUGAGAUGAAUGGAGAGUCGUUCUUCGCCCGUUGGAAGAAUCUCGGCAGUACAAAUCAACAAAGAUCCCAGAAGAUCUUUAAAGCUUCAACGCCUAUGGAUCUUCAGGCAGCAAGAACCAAGAUCAUGGGUUUCGGUAUGCAACUUCUGGAUGGCAUCGAUCCGAAUCCUGAUAACUUCGUCUGCGCCGGUAUUAUUCAUAUGCGUGCAUUACAAGUCGGCUGCUUAUUACGCUUGGAACCAAAUAGAAAUGCUCAGAUGUAUAGAUUAACUGUUCGUUCAAGCAAAGAACCCGUUUCUGUUGAAGUGUGUGAUCUCUUGGCUGAUCAAUUCUAAUUUUCUGUUCAUUUUUGUUUUCCUUCCUUCUAUAUUAAUUAAACAAUUUUGUUACAAAUGAUAGGGUGCAUUCCAAAUAAAAAAAAAAGAAGAGAAACACUGAACUUACGCACUUGCCCGGAAUGGAAUCAGACAUAGGUGUGCUCGUAGCUUCCUAAUAAUGCAAAUAGCUUGAUAGAUCAAACAAUAAAAAAAUAAUUACGAUUGAAUGAAUCGAGACAAUAUUCAAAUUUUUAAUUACGACGUCCCUCCUAGAUGAUCAAACCAUGUCUACAACUGGAUGUAUAUUGCAUAUAUUAAUUUGUAUUGAAUCGAAGAAAAAAAAAACUAUUAAGGGAUUGUUAUGUAAAAUGGUAUAUAUUGAAAAGUUUAGUUUAGGAUAAUUACAGAAGUCUUGUAAGCUAAAGGCCAGAAUAGAAUAGGUUGACUUGUAUGAAAAGAGGUUCAUAUUUUUGAAAGGGUUCAACUGCGCUCGCGUUACCCCCGCGAGUUCUAUAUAUCUAUAUAGAAUUGAUUCUUGUAUUUCCAUGUUAGUGUAUUCACUCAACUUCAACCUCUGUCUUCUGUGAACGGAUAUUUAAUCUCGAAACGCAAAUUGUAUUACUGUGAGAGUACCAUAAGUGUUAGUACACGUUACAAAUUAUUGAAAUGAAAAA